CAUGUGCUGAGCUGUGAGCAGAGAAACAUGAUUUUUUGCUUUCCUGGGGUUUUAUGUUACAACACAACAAGCCAUUAUAGCUUGAAACCAUUGGGAUGGUUUUGGAAGUAGUAUUAUAGUAUGCUUGUGGCUUUUUAUAGAUGUAGAAAGGCAAACAAACUAUUGAUAGAUACCAUUAUAUUUUUUUAAAACAGCCCUGUACAAAGUAAUUUGGGUGUGUGCCUUAAAAUGAAACGGAUGGUUCAUGUUUGUACAUGAAGUGUUAUGUUGGUGCAGUGUUAUUGCUUAAAUAAAAAGUUAACUUGAUUGCAGGAUGAGGGCAGUAAGGUAAAUAAUGAACCUUGUAUUGUUUAACACUGUAUUAACAAUGGUUUGUUGUCUAAGGUUCCUGCGUUUGAUGUUAAUUCAGUAAGACGUAAAACAUUUUAGCCUUUAAAAUUCAACCCUCAAAACAGAGGUCACUUUCUACUAUAUGGGGGAAAUAAUUGCCUAAAUUGGUUGUAUCCCAGUGAGAUUAGAUUUAAAGUUCUUUCUAAUAUUCUAAUAGAAUACUCUGGACAUUUAUUUAUUUUCAUCCUUCAGUUAAAGUCAUAGUUUGCAGAUGUUGAAAAGUAUCAAAAGACAGAAUUUUCCAAGGGUAUCAUAAGAAGGGCACACAGUAUUAGAUGUAUACCAAAGGAUGGCAAAAGCAGUCACCUAUAACUGGAGACAAUAUAAAAGAACAGUGACAAAGACUAGACUUUUCUCCAAAACUCAUUAAAAUACCAGUUGUAAACUUUUCACGUAAGCUGCUAAGUGAUCAACAGAAAUUUCCCACAAGAUUGGGUUGUGUUUUACAUGUGAUGACAAUGUUCCUGUAUUCUCCAUAAGUCCAAACUAUGGACGAGAUUUGCAAGACAGCAGCCUUUUAUUUAAAAGAAAACACCCAAGUCUAACUAAAUGAUGUAGUGUUAUGGUCUUAUGAAACCAAAUGUGAUCUUUUGGGCCACAAUUCCAAGUGGUCUGUUUGGCAUAAAACCAACACUGAACUUGAACAAAAGAACACCAUCAUAACCACAGUAAAACAUGGCAAUGGCAGCAUCAUGCUGAGGGGUUACUGUUCUCUCAGAUGGAACCAAGGUGGGUGAAAUUCUAAGCAGUUCCAAAUACCUGUGAGUUUUGAUCCAAAACCUUCUGGGGUCUGUUAGAGACCUGAUGGUAAAGACAGUUUUUAUUUGUCAUAUAUUAGGUAUUCUACAAAAGAAUGGUCUCACCUAAAGAAAAUUAAAGUUUUCCAGAUUCCAGAAGUAAAUCUGGCAGAAAAUCUGUGGGGUCACCUUGAAGAGAGCUGUGGACAAAAAAUGUCCUCACAUUUCUUUUCCACAAAAGCUGCUUCAACAAGGUAUUAGUUUAACAGUUGCACACCUAAACAACAAGGUGGUUGCAGCUUUUUUUUUAUUUUAACUUUAAUCCCCCUCGUAGAUUUGUUGGUUUUUCUUUUAAAUUGCGCAGAAUAUAUCUCCUUUUAAAAGUGAAAAAACUUUUAUCAUGGCCUAAUUCUUUUCAUGUCAUUACAAAAUGGCAUACGUAGUGGGCUGAAAGCAGACCUUAAAGUGCAUCAGAAUUUGUAACAAGGAUAACUUAUAUGUAUACGUGGAAUAAUUUUCUUAAACUUUUGUUUUACAACUGAGCAGCAGACAUUAACCCAGUGUAGGCUAAUCUCUUUUAUGAACAAGGUGGUUCAUGCAUGAACAUACUGUGAUGAUGGCAUCAUGCCCUGCUAAUCUCCACAUGUCUGUGUCAGUGCUUCUGAUGAGGUAAUCUAAUGGACAGCGGGUAAUAGAAUCCCCCUACUGAGAGAUGGCCUUCUUCAAGAGCUUCCAGCCGACCCUGCCGUCUGUCAACAUUUCUUCCAUCCUAGACUCAGUCACCAGUCGCGUGGACGAUCUGGCCAAUGCAGUCAGCGAUGCCACAUAUGCUGUCAGCGACCAGCUCACAGAGCAGGUCACUACCAUUAUCAACAAGGUACAGGAGGAAGAGGAGGGGGAAAACAACAGAAGUCAGAAUGCUGGCCAGGCCUCCGGCUCACAGGAAGGGAGGGCCAGUAAUAAAAGCAUGUGGCAAAUGCAGAGAAGCUCCGAUGCUGGCCAGACAGGUUCAAAAAAUAACCAAAACAGUGAUGCAACAGAGGGACAGCACUCUCAGAGUCAACUAGAGUGGGAAUGGAGGGAUGGAUGCUGGCGAGUUAAAAAGACAGAAGCUGAGUUGGCAGAAGAAGAGAGGAGGAAGAAGGAGGAAAGUGAGAUACAAGAAAGGAGAGAGCAGAGAAGAAAAGAGAGGAGAGAGAGGCAGUUGGAGAAAGAACCUGAAACCAAAAGGAACAGAGAGGACUCCAAUGAAGGAGGGAAGGAAGACGAAGAUGAAACCUCUGGGAAGACAGACAGUGAAGAUGGACAAGAAAGAAAAACAAAUGAGAGUGACAAUCAAAUAUCAGCUCAGCAAAAAAGUGAUGACUGUGGUAAUACUUCCUAUUUAAAAGCUGAAAUGGAAACAAAGAUAACAAGACAGGAGAAGGAAAAAGAUAGAGAAGCCAAAGAAGAGGCAGACACUGAGGAAGAGGAUGAGCCAUCUAGAUCUUCCUCUAAAAUAAAAAAGAAGAAGUCAGAUAAGAAGAAAGAUAAAGAGAGUUCAAAGAAACCUGAGGAAGAUUUAGAUGCAGAGAAAAAGGAAGACAAAUGCAAGAAAAGGAAUAGGAAAAAGAAAGGAAAUCAAGAUGGAGUUGUAUCAAACAGUGCAGAAGAAAAAAGCCCGGAGGUUGUGACCCAGCAGAACAUAACAUCUGUGUGGAGCAAAGGCAAACAGUCCAGUGAGCAGGGAGGAUACAGCAGCGAGGCUUCCAGUGAACAGGCUGCCAGUAUUCAAAGGAUACACAAAGAUUCCUCUCUAACUGAGCUCCAGCCUCCCCCAUACCAACACGUGAGCUCGGGAACACGCAAGUCCACACGCUCCUGCUCAGAACGAGGAGUCAGGAGGCCGUCGUCCCCGCAGCAUUCUGACAGCCCUCGCUGCUCCAGUGAGGCCAGCGUUGACCAGGACACUGAGAGUUACCUUCACAAAGGGUGCGAGGAGGACAUUCCCAGUGACAGCACAGCUGUUCUGAGUCCAGAGGAUGGUUCUGGUCUUCAGCUUCCUUCAGCCUAUGAGCCGGAGCCUAUUGCGCAAUACGGCACGCUGGACGUCGCCUUCGAAUACGACUCCACUGAGCAGUGGCUGGCCGUCACGGUGACGGCUGCGACCGACAUUCCCGCUUUGAAACAGACGGGCAACAUCGCGUGGCAGGUCCACUUGGUCCUGCUCCCCACCAAGAAGCAGCGAGCCAAGACGGGCGUGCAGAAGGGUCCGUGUCCCGUUUUCACAGAAACAUUCAAGUUUUCCAGGGUGGAGCAGGAGGCCCUGGGGGACUAUGCCGUUCGCUUCCGCCUGUACAGCAUCAGACGGAUGAAAAAGGAGAAGGUCCUGGGAGAAAAGGUGUUCUACCUGACUAAGCUGAACUUGCAGGGGAAGAUUGCUUUACCUGUCACCCUGGAGCCUGGCUCGGAACUUGCAGGUUGUGGCUCUCUUGUGAGCGUGUCUCGCAGUGCAGGUGCUUUGUCCUACCGCUCCACCGAAGACUCAUCGCUGCCAGAGAUCCUCCUGGGUCUCCUCUAUAACUCUGCCACAGGACAGCUUUCUGCUGAGGUUAUACAAGGAAGUCACUUCAAAACUACAGCUUCUGAUAAACCUGUCAAUGGUCUUUUUUGUUGUGUGAAACACUUCGUAGGGGGACAGCUUUAUAUCAUGAAAGACACCUAUGUCAAGCUUACCAUGCUGGACUCCAAGGGCAAGGAGAUGUCCAAGCGCAAGACGGCCGUGUGCCGCGGGCAGCCAAACCCCACCUACAAGGAGACGUUCGUCUUCCAGGUGGCGCUCUUCCAGCUGUCCGAGGUGUCGCUAGUGGUGUCGGUGUUCUGCAGGAAGAGCAGCAUGAGGCCCAGGGAGAGGCUGGGCUGGGUCUCCUUGGGCCACAGCAGCACCACCGAGGAGCAGCAAGCCCACUGGACAGAAAUGAGAGAGGCAGAGGGUCAGCAGGUCUGCCACUGGCAUACUCUCACUGACACUUAGGAGACAGUUUAUGAGGAAUGACAUAAAAGUAAAGAGCAUUCAAAGCUCUGGAAAAGCAGAAAGCACCUUCUGAGAUGAGUGUCCUUGUGUGUUGUGCAUUCAGGUGUGAGGGUGGGUGCUAUUCCCAAAUCCUCACUGCCAGACUGCAUGGAUACCCUUUAAACGGACAGUUUUGUUGGAUGCAGCCAGGCUGAGCACGUGAUUGAAAGUUUCUACCCCCAACUACAGCCUUUUAAAGACACACUGUUAAAGACUCACACUGUAAUGACUGCAAGUUCAAAAGUAAAAACAAUUAGUUUUAUAUAAAGAGAUUAUUUUCACAGCAAAGUCUGCAUGCACACAAACUGUUUACAGGACCAACAUGAAACCCCUUCCAGACAACUUCAGCCUUUGAAUCUUCGGACCAAAGAGUUUGGUCCAGGACUGGCAGACUUCUUCCAAUUUUUUAUGGGCUUCAGCUAUAACCAGCAUACAAGACAUAUCUCUACCACUUACAAAACAGGAUGCAAUGAGUGGACUGUUAAAAAGGUCCUGCAACAUGCUGCAACUAUGCUUACAAGGUAUUCUUUUUACAAUGUUUACAUACACACAGCAUUAUGCAAGAUACAUUUGUUGGUUUGCCUUUUUUUGUUAAUGUUUUUUGGAAACAUAUCUGUCACGGGUUGUACAAAAAUCAACCUUGUUCUUCAUUUUGUGGUCUUGCAUAACUCUGAACACUAUGCAUCUGAUGCCACUUUAAACAGGAAGGGUGCACCUCUUCCCUGCGCUUGCCGAGUCUACCAUUGAAUUGGACACAGCUCUGCAUGCCAUCUGCAUCGAAGGAUAUCUUCCUUUCCUGUGUAACACAGACUGAGCCUGUUUCACCGUUCAGCCUUCUGACAGCUCUGCCAUGUUCGUUCAUGUAGAAACAUGGUGCAUCACGUCGGGCCGAGGAGGAAUAUGCAACAGACUGCACGGCCCCAAUAAAACCAAACUGUCUGUGAGGGCAGCUCCGAUGACAGCAUCAGCUGUGCUUGCUGAGCUGGAGUGAGGAAAACACAGUUAAAGACAGAUGAAACCUAUUUUGUUUUAUUUCAGUGGAAUUGGAAAUGUGAUGUUUCAUAAAAGUUAAAUAAAUAUGACAAGAAA